UGGCGAGCAGCAGCGGAAGCCGCGGCGACGUGCCCCAACCCGACUCGCGCAUCCGCGCAGUCCCAGAGGUUCUGAGGGUGCUCCCAGAUUUGCCGCCACCAGAGUUCCCAAGACUCCCCUGCAGACAAAUUUCCACAUUCGCCAUGGAUGAAAGCGACUCCAAGCGCAGCCGCUCCAACAAGCUGAAGGAGGCCCAGCAUAUCCUGGUCGCCUACCUGCGGGACUACCACCCCGCGCUGGACGGCUGGUGGUCGGGCCACGUAAAAGCGCAAGGCGUCCCAUGGGACGGCAAGAGAUGGGCUGCAGCAAGAGUGAUCGGGCAUCUGACGUGCAGUGCCAAGCACAAGGAGGCCUGGGCGGCGCACUGCGCGGUCCUGGCGCCCGACAAGGGCUCGAGUCCCUUUCGCCGCGAGCUCGCCGUCCUGGCCAGCUUCCUGGCCAGCCUGGGUCCCGGGGCGCUCGCGGCCGCCUCCAUCGCAAAACUCGCCGAGCAAGACGCCCCUGCUGUGGGCCUGGAUGAGACGCACUCGGCAUUCCCAAUGGAGGCCACGAGGUCCUGGUUUGCGCCGAAAGCCGAGAAGACAGCAACAGCAGGGGCCGGGUCAACCGCGGGCCCCCAGGCCCAACCCGUCGACGUGGCCCAGCCCGUGGAUGCCGAGCCCUCCACGCAGCAGGCGGACCGCGCCCUGCAGGCGGCAGGGCUGGACGUGACAGAGAUCCCCCCUGCUAAAGAGACAGCGGACUCUCCGACGAACCCAUCGCCCACCGAUAGGGCCGAUAGCGAUGAGGUCGAUGUCGGCGAUGAGGCCCGACCUGCGGCCUCGCCGCUGCCUGCCGAAGACGCAGGCCCGGACAUGGCUCUGCCGAGGCCCGGGAAGGCAGCGGCUCGCAGCGCAGGACGCGGCAGGGCCGCCAGCCGUGCCUUCGGCGAUCUCGUGGAUCCCGUGGGCGGAGGCCGCGUGUGCAGGGAGUUGCUAGGCAACGUUGACCUCGACAGGGUCGGCGAGAAUCCAGCAGCCAAGAUCGCGCGAUUCCAGAAGGACCUGGGAGGAGCAUUCAACGGCGUCUAUCACGCACGCACCAGGAAGCGCCCUGCGGGAGCCAGAGGAAGGCCGAAAGGCAACCCUGCACUGAACCCCGAGGCCACCUGCCGCAGCUUCCUGGACGCUGGGGAACGCUGUGGAUUCGAUGCCUACGGGCUGGAUCGACAAUUCGACCUGGGGGCGGACUGGGGCGAG